AUGGCUCUUAAAAGACAGGUUAGUAAAACCUUAGUAUGUAAUAUUAAUAAAAAGUUAAAGAAUAGAACACCACUGGAAAGGAAAUUUGGUUCAGGACGACCAGAAAUAUUGUCUAAUGAAUUAAAACGUCAGUUAUUCUUGAUUUAUGAUAAAAAUCAUAAAGAAUCUUGCCUAAAGAUUACACAGAAAUUUGUAGAAAAGUUUUAUGUGUAA